AUGCAUUUCCUCCUUUUCGGCGCCACAGGGCGGACGGGCCAGCACGUCGUAUCUGACCUGCUCUCUCAAGGUCAUACAGCGGUGGCCCUCGUGCGUACCCCAGGCAGCCUCAGACCUCGUCCUGGGCUCACUGUUGUUACUGGAUCGCCACUAUCGAAAUCUGACAUUCAAACCACUCUCUCCGCGGCGCCUUCUCUGACUCCUUCUGCAGCCAUUGUCACCUUGAACACAGUCCGCGAAUCCGACAGCCCUUUCGCGCCCCAACUCUCACCCCCUCGCUUCCUAGCCGACUCGUGCGCCAAUAUUUGUGAGGUGCUCGAGCAUGCCGGCAUUUAUCGCAUUGUAGUCAUGUCGACGGCAGGCGUGGGAGAUUCUUGGUCUAAUCUACCAUGGCUGACGAAGGGUUUUAUGGCGUAUACCAACAUCAAGUACGCUCUGGAGGACCACAACCUCGUGGACAAGGAGAUUCGGUUGACCAAGAUGGAUUGGACACUUGUGAGAGCUUCGAGGCUGAAAUUCGACGGCCCAAAGCAGAAGCCAAUUGACACAAAGAUGAGCUUAGUGCAAACGCUGGGCAGCAACGGCGACGGAAUGCGUCUAAGUGACAGUAUAAGUGUUUCUAGUGUGGCGGGAUUCCUAGUUAGGAUCGCAGUUGAAGGGACCUUUAUUAAAAGUACAGUGGUUGUAAGGGAUUGA